UCCUUAAAGAUCAAGAUGGAGAAUCAGGAUGAGGAAAGCGUCCAACAUGAGGAGACCCAUGAUGAAAACUUCUCAUAUAAAAGGUCUGACUCUGCUGUUGCCUCAGAAGAUGCAAACUCAGUGAUAACAAAGAUGGGAAAAUGUGGAGCUCAUGCAGGAAGUGAGCUGGUGCCGUCUGUUCAACUAGAUCAGUAUGACACUGUCAUAGCCGAAGCUGAAGAUGUUAAACUCUGUACAGGAACAGUGGGCCACUUCAGUGAGAGGAAGGAACCGCCUACAGCUCAGCCUCAACAUCCUUUGAAAAACAGUCUGCAGAAAGAGUCUUUAUUGGAAGUGAGUGAUACCAUUCACUGUAGACCUCCCAAAGAGAGAACAGAUACAAAGGAGGAGGCACGUAAGGUAAAGCCAGUUUGGAACGACUUCUCUUCAACAAAAUUAAAAGUCACUGACGCUGAUGAUCCAGCCAGUGAACCCAGUUCUAUUUUGGAGAAGCUCCUGAAAAGAGAUAGAAAGGAGACAAACCAAGCUCUUUCAAAGAUAAAAGAGGUUGACAUAAAUGACAAAGAUGUCACUGCAAAGAAGACCCUUGAUAACACAGAAACAGAGCCAUCGGCUGAUAAAAUCCAUCAGUCAGAUUUAAAUAUGCCUUCACCGGUAUGUGACGUGAAGAGGACGAAAGAGAAAUCACCCAAAGAAAAGAAUGCAACCAAAGGUCAUCGCAUUAAGGAUGUGGACAUGAAACAGAUGGACGCUGCUCAUAGAUCUCUCAACUCAGAUUGUUUUCAGCCUGUAAAUACUAUGCAUGAGAGCUCGCGCACAAAAUCCAAAUCCAAUUCUUCCAAAGCUGACUGUCAGAGUGCAGAGAACAUCAGCUCAACAGAUGCUUCAGUCAGUAAAGAUGUGGAGACAAAACCAAACAUGCGCCCCUUUAAAAACCUGUCCUCAGACAACAUACAGUCAGCUGUCUCACUUGAGAGAACGUCAUGUGAGGUUAGUGAUGUGAUCAAUGAGAAAUCUGCACCUUUAUCAGAAUCUGGUGUGAAGUCCUCACCCACAAAAAGUGAUGGACAAAUUGCAGACUCAUGCCAUUUAUUUAUUGCUGAGACAGCAGACACCGAAUCUAUAAGACUACCUGUACAAAUAAAGAGUGACAGCGAGCGCACAGCAUCCUCAGAUUCUCAAUCUGUGAGGAGGAAGAAGGACUCCGGUGAGGACACUGCUGCAACAGCUGUGGAUGCUGGCUCAGUUUUGGUUGCAGUCGAUGCAGUCCCCUCAGAGGAAAGCCACCAGGCCAUGAGGCAGGAUCUCUAUAUGACACGCAGCACAGACAAUACAAUGACGCGCCAACCUGAUGAACAACCUGGCAAAGAGGGAGAUGACAGAGUCAUAAAGAGAGAUAAAUCCCAAAGCACUCCUAGAUCCAGGCCGGUGUCUGAACUCAUAAAGGAGUCCAUUCAACUGCAUGAAAAGCUGCAGCACCAGGAGAGGCCAAAGCCAGCUGAAGUCAAGCCUGAAGAGCAGGGCCAGUUUGUGAAGGUGGCACAGAUGAAGGCGGCUUUCGACUCAGCUCAGAAAUCCCCAGACAAGGCUAUUGAAAGGAAGCCAUCGGUGAGAAGAGAUAUGAAACGUGUUGUGCGACAAAGCAAAUUCCGUCACGUCUUUGGCCAGCAUGCGAAGAAUGACCAAUGCUACGAUGAUAUCCGGGUGUCAAGGGUCACAUGGGACAGCUCCUUCUGUGCAGUCAACCCCAAGUUUGUUGCCAUAAUUGUUGAUGCCAGUGGUGGAGGAGCAUUCCUUGUUCUCCCUCUUCACAAGUGUGGACGCAUUGACAAAUCCUACCCCACAGUGUGUGGUCACACAGGCCCCGUGUUAGACAUUGAGUGGUGCCCCCACAAUGAUCAGGUCAUCGCCAGCGGCUCCGAGGACUGCACAGUGAUGGUGUGGCUUAUCCCUGAGAAUGGCCUUGUCACCAACUUGUCUGAGCCGGUGGGGGUACUGGAGGGACACUCCAAGCGCGUUGGCAUCGUUGCAUGGCACCCAACAGCACGCAAUGUUCUUCUUAGUGCAGGUUGCGACAACCAGAUCAUUAUCUGGAACGUGGGCACAGGAGAGGCUAUGAUCAGCCUGGACGACAUGCACCCGGAUGUCAUUUACAACGUGAGCUGGAACCGCAAUGGUAGCCUUAUCUGCACGGCCUGCAAGGACAAGGCCAUCCGUGUCAUAGAUCCCCGCAAGGAGGAGAUCAUUGCUGAGAAAGAGAAGGCACACGAGGGCGCCCGGCCUAUGAGGGCCAUUUUCCUGGCUGAUGGCAACAUCCUCUCCACAGGUUUCAGUCGCAUGAGUGAGAGACAGCUCAUGCUCUGGAAUGCGAAAAACAUGGAAGAGCCCAUGACUAUGCAAGAGAUAGACACCAGCAACGGAGUGCUAUUGCCCUUCUAUGACCCAGACACCAACGUCGUUUACCUCUGUGGGAAGGGUGACAGCAGCAUCCGUUACUUUGAAAUCACAGAUGAGGCUCCAUAUGUUCACUACCUCAACACGUACUCCUCCAAGGAGCCCCAGAGGGGCAUGGGCUACAUGCCCAAAAGGGGCCUUGAUGUCAAUAAGUGCGAAAUUGCAAGGUUCUUUAAACUGCAUGAAAGGAAGUGUGAGCCUGUCGUGAUGACCGUGCCCAGAAAGUCGGACCUGUUCCAGGACGACUUGUACCCAGACACAUCUGGACCUGAUUCUGCCCUGGAAGCUGAGGAGUGGUUUGAAGGCAAGAAUGGAGACCCCAUCCUUAUCUCCCUCAAGAACGGCUAUGUCCCAGGCAAGAACCGCGAAUUCAAGGUGGUCAAAAAGAACAUUUUGGACAUCAAGGUGACCAAGAACACAGAGAACUCAAGCCCUGCCAUCAAGUCUGCCUCACCAACUCCAUCGAUUAAAUCUGAAGCCAAGCUGGAGGAGAUCUUGAAAGAAAUCAAGUCUCUCAAGGACCUGGUCAGCAGUCAGGAGAAGCGAAUCAUCAAACUUGAAGAGCAAAUGUCCAAAAUUGCCAUUUAGGGACCCUUUACCCAACCCGCUACAAUUCAGGACGUUCCAUUGGCUGGGGGGUGGGCGGGACAAGUCACUGCCUAUCUCAAUGACAGUGUUUCGUCUGAGGCCUGCCUAGCAAAGAUCCCUAGCAACAUUCCAGAUGAACUUUUUCUUAGCCAGCCCCCGACCCUCAGUUUAACACAGGUGGAAUAAGGACGCGUGGCAAAUUUAGCUGAAAGUACUCUUUUGCUUUCUUUGGUGACCAAGGACUCUAUACCUUUUAUUGUGUGGCAGUCAUUUUUUUUAUUUUGUCUACUUGUAUAAAAAUUUGUCUCGCAGAUCCCUGUGCAUUUUAGAAAUAUGACCAAGAAAAUUCCAACAUCAGAAGUCCCCAUUUGCUAUUGCAUUUCCAAAUAUUUUUUUAAGUAGUCAGUGUUUUCACGUUAAUCGUACCCCAAAAUUAUAAUGUUGCCAAAUUUAACAUUUUGUUUACACCUCCUCAACAGUAUUUCUUCUCUCUUUGUGAGAUUCAAAAUGCAAACAGGGACGCUCAGUGUUGAUUACAUAAGGAGGUUGAUGUUAAUUUACUAUAAAAUUAAAAUAAUUUAAAUGAACUGCCUAGUUAUACCAAGACUGACAUCUCACACUCUGUAAUUAGGAAGAAAUACAUUCAGACUGAAGACCAGCUUAGCUGCCACAGUCUACACUAAGCACCGAGACAUCCCAAAAAUGACAGUUCUUGCCGUCUGUGUUGAAGAUGCACAAAUUAACUCCUGCUGUCUGUCAUUUCUUCUCAUUCCUGUCGCUUCCCGUCAUUCUGACUGUGGACAAUAGUUCACGUAAACAUGCAUUCCUUUCCGUCUUGCUUCAUUAACAUGCACAGCAAAGAAAAAGACACAUUCCACAAAUCUCAUUGGCAAGAAAAAAUCCCUCUAUAAAGUUCCUCUUCCUGUGAACACUCACCUGUAGUGACUCAGUUAUACUGGUUGGUUGUUUUUGCGACAUCUACGUGCUCCCACGAAAAGACCAACCUCAGCCCUGCUUUGUUUUUGUGAGAGGUUCAGUCACCGACCUCAGUGUUUAGUGUCUACAGUCUAAGUGCAGUCAAGUGUUGUGGGAUUAUUUUUUGUCACUGUCCCUUGUGCAUCGUCAGAUGUGUAACUUCUGAUGGGAAAUGACACAAAGUAAUCACACAUCCACCUGACUCUUUAAAACCCUCUGGUGAUACAACUGGAGCUUGCUACAGAAACUGUUCAUGGUUUACCCUAAAGGCCCAGAUUGUGUGUGAAUAUGUGCCUCAUGUCUUUGGUCUUUUGGGUUCCUGUCACUCUGGAUGUACCUGUUUUGUUUCUUUUGAGGGAAAUGGACUCUCACUUGAACGUCCAAGACUUGCCUCUAACUUGGAUGAAUUGAAUAGUUGGGUUAUUGCUUCACUGUUAAUUUUAGCCUGUUUCUUGUUCCAGCUGUGCUUAUAUCCCUCUUAGCACUUCCACUUUUGUUUUAAUGGUUUAUUUCUCAGAUGCCCCCUGUUCAGUAUAAGUAUCACCAAAUCAAGGAAUUGUUUAGUCUGAGCCGUUUUUGAUCAGACCGCUAUGAUUAAAGCUCCUCUUGAUGUUUUUGGAUUUGUUUCCCAGUGGGAAGCUGAGACGGGUAAUGGUUCAGUCUGUUGUUUGCCUUUAAUAUUUGUUACCACUGUAAAGACCUGAAAGUGCCAUAGAGGUGACCACGGAAGUGUUUGUAGGGGACUGUUGUGAGAGUAGACUUGUGUAGUAAAUGGAAGAAUCGAUAGGUGCCCGGAUUUAAAACCACUUUGAGGUGCUAUGCGAAGUGCAGACACUUUGUUCAAAGGACCCUGUUGCCAUCUGGAUGACAUCAUAAAGUCCUGCCAGUUCAUCAAAAAUACACUAGGCGGCAUUACUGAUCGGGGUUUGUUCGUAAGCCACCCUGACACGUUGUACAACUCGGUACGGGUAUUCAAAACAUCUUCAAAACUGAUGUCAAACCGAGAAGCAGCCUUUUGAGUCUUUGUGGCUUUGAGAUGCAGUCUGAGCAGUGAGUCGUAGAAUAUUAGUGACAGGAAAUCAAGAGUGCUACAGAAAUGUGUCUGACACAAUUUUACUGCCCUAUCUUGUAUAUCAGACUGCCACUGUAUGGAUUCUUUGUAGCACUAUUGGCACAAGAGCGAAGUUUCGAAGAGUAGUAGUGAAUAGCGAUCCAAAGGGACUCUGUAGGUUGGAGAAAUGUGCAGUUGAAAGAUAGAUGUAUGUUUGUAAUUUAGGUCUAGAAAACUGAGUGAAAGCUGUGUAAAUAACAUGACCAUAUUUUCUGUAUUUUCUUUCUUUUUUUUAAAUUUCAUUUCUGUUUUGUGGUUGUGCUAAAGAGGGUAUUUGUGUGGGAGGUGGGUUUUAAAUGUUUCCCCUUGUCUUUGUUCCCUGCACCUUGCCAUAAUGCAUCAUGAGAAAAGCAGAACCUCCGUUAACGUCGGAGGUCGUAUGAAUAUCAAGAAAGUAAAAUCAGACGUAAACAAACCAGGAUGGAGCCUCGUGUUGGAGGUCUGCUCAGCAUUUUUGUUCAUUAUUCUUGCUUCAAGUAUCAAACAUUGAUUAUAAGAAAAAUUAAUAAAGAAUUUUUAAAAUGG